GUGGCCGCCCCCGAAGCCCACAAGAAGCCGAUUUCCUGUCUUUACACCGGCUGUGAAAGGCCAGUCCCCGGUCACUCGCAGUUUCCCUGAGCCCCCCAAUUUUUCCGGCAAGGGGGUGAUAAAGGCGACAUUUAGGACUAAAGGGGAGCGGGAGUGGAGGUCUGGUUGUGGGCCACAGAUGAGCACUUGGAGGUCUUAGCCCUGCGCAGCCUUGUAAAUCCAAGAUGGCCCACUCUUUGGUUUGUCCCGAGACUGUGAGCAGGGUGAGCUCCGUGCUGAAUCGCAACACCCGGCAGUUUGGGAAAAAGCACUUGUUCGACCAGGACGAGGAGACCUGUUGGAACUCAGGCCAGGGCCCCUUCCAGUGGGUGAUGCUUGAGUUUCCCCAGUGCGUCCGCAUCUCCCGACUGCAGAUCCAGUUCCAGGGGGGCUUCUCAAGUCGCCGGUGCCGCCUGGAAGGCUCACAGGGGAGCCAGGCCCUUUUUGGGAUUGUGGACUUCUACCCUGAGGACAACAACUCACUUCAGACUUUCCCUGUGCCAGCCACUGAGGUGGACCGGCUAAAGGUUACCUUCGAGGACAUGGCUGACUUUUUUGGCCGCGUGGUCAUCUACCACCUGCGGGUGCUGGGGGAGAAGAUGUGAGACUGCCUCCUUCAAGAAACCCUCAGGGAAGCACAGC